CACUCCCUCUAUCCUCAUGUGUCUCUGUGCCCCCACUCAGCCACCCCUGUCUCUAUGUGUCUUUAUACCCCCUUCCCCCUGUUUCCAUGUGUCUCUGUGUCCACACUCAGCCACCCUCUGUCCAUAUGUAGUUCUGCACCCACUCCCCCAUCACCAUGUGGCCCUGCACCUCCCUCCCCUCUGAGGCCCUGUGCCUCCACUCAUUCAGCCCCUGCCACAGUCUGUCCUUCCCCACUAGCCCUUAUGAGCACCUGUUUGACCCCACACACACCCCCCGCAGCACACCAAGCUAUCUGUUUCCCCAUAACCCCUGUCUCCUGACCUGGCCUGACAGGCACUGUGAACAAGGCAGGCUCUUUCUCUUCCCUAGGUGGCUGGGAGCUGCUGCUCUGUUCUAUUGCCACAGCACUCUCUGGUGGGAAAAAGUUGGAACUGCAGAUGUUAAUUUCUGCUGAGAACUCCUGCUUUUCAUGUGUCACAGCGGCCUCUGAUAGGCAAAAGGCACAACUGCAGCAACAUUUUGCCAGAAGCUUAUUCUUCCCCCCCCCAAAUAUAUAUAUAUAUAUGACUCAUUAACCAUGCACGUGUGCAAUAGUGCAAAACUCCCCCAGGUAGGUAGUAGCCAGCGAGCCACAUGUGGAGACCAGAGACCAUCUCUGACAAACUGCUGCCUGAUCCAAUCUCUUACCAGAGCGAAUCACACGCAGAGUCAGUGUCACCGUGAAAUGUGUCCCCUGAUGUUCUGGGCAGCCACUUUAGGACCAGGACCCCUUCACCCCUGAAUCCCGGUUGAUAUUGGGGACUCUCUGGAACAAUCAUGGGUUUCCACAGACAUGCCCCUUCUCCCCCCUUCCAGGGAUCAGAAUGUCUCCUUUCUUUUCUCCCAUUGCCUGGGUGGCUUUUACGGAUGAUGCCCCCAUAGUGCUGUUGUCAGGGGACGUGGAAGCUCUGAGGGGCAGGAUCUGGGGCAGGGAGGUUUCAGUGGAAUGGGUGUAUGGCUCGGGCCCACAAGGAGCUGGAGUGAUGUGGGAGUAAUCAGUGGGGUCCCUCAUUCCCAGCAGCAGGAAGUGAAUGGCAGUUCCUGCAGUAACUGGUCAGUGCUGUGCGGAAUCCCCAUUCCCGGCGGACUCCCUGGCUGCAGACAGGAGAGGUUUAUACUGUAAGCCAGGAACAUUCCCACUGCUCCCCAGGAGCCUCUCCCAGUGCAAUAACCCCAGCCUAACCAGGGCCCCCCUUCCCAGGCCUCAGCUCCUGCUCCCAGGGAGGGCACCACUUGGAGGGAAGGUAAGAGAAACCUUCACCCCCUCUCCCCUCUCUGGGAGCCAUGCCUCCCGUUUACACCUGGGCUGCACGGGGAGGAGGCUAAAGAGGGCUGAGGGGAAUGAGAAUGGAACAGAGGGAAGAUGUGAUGGGGGCACUGUGAGGGAAAGGGGGGAUGUUGGGAGGGGAGGCUGGAGGGAGAAUGUGAGAGCAAGUGCAGACUGGCUGUGGCAGGGAGAAGGCAGAGGGGUGGGGAGAGAUACAAGGGCAGCUCCCCCGCCCCAUGGGGUAGGUGAGGAUGAGGGACUUCCUCACCCAGCAGCCAGUGGGGAAUUUUUUUCCUGGAACUGGUCAAACUAGCAUGUGAGGUGAGGAGACUAUCCCCUCAGGGCUCGGAAACUACAAAGCAGCCUCCUCCCUUCCCUGCACACCCUGCUUCCAAUUUCUUAUUUGAUUUAAAAAUAAAAGGGACACACUCCUGAUUUUGGGUCUGUCUCCUGAGUGUUUGGGGCUGCUCCAGGCCCUGGUUUGAUUUCCAUGCAGAAUUCAGAUCUCAGCCAGACCCCUUGUCAGACUGGAGUAACUGCUGGUUGUUGCAGGAGGUGAGUGCAGAUGGGCCAGUGAAAUCAGCAUCCUCCUGCCUGUCCCUGGGGGCAGCAGGGGCAGGACAGAGAGACUCAUCCUUAUCUGCUGCCACCAAAGGGCUCUGGUUAUUGCUAAGGAAGAGGAGGAGACUGGUGUGUGCGUCUCUCGCUGCUCAUGUUAUUAGAGCUCUGGAGUUGAGCUCCCUGGGUCACAAGCUGCUGCCUCCUCCAUUUUGACGGGGAACUCCAGAUGGACAUGCUGCUCCUUAGCCAGCAGAGGAGAGACCUCUGUUAAAGCGCCUCUGUGCCCAGCCUAGGUGGGGACAUUCUCCGGUGGCUGGAACCAGUCCAUGGGACAUCCCCUGGGUCUUCGGACACCGGCUCCUCAGCUGGAGCCUGCAAGUGAUGGAGAGACCUGGGGGACAGGGCUGGGGCCAGGCAGGAAAGUGACUCUGCACAAAGGGCCCCUUUCAGGAACCUGCUGGUGAGUUUGGCCUAUGUGGGCAUGGGGGCUUCCUGUGUGUCUGCAAGUCCCAGAGCUGCUGCCCCCAUGGACACAGCCAGGUUCAAACUCCGGUUAGCAGUGGCAGUGGCUGAUCUGCCUAAUGAGAGCAAAGGCUCAAGACAAUGGGGCAGUCACCAGUUCUCCCAGGGGGAGGGAAGAUGAUAAAAAGGGAGAGUGGAGAGACUGGAAGGGGCAGCAGUAGCAACAAUUGGGUACAGAGGUUCCCAGCUCCCAGACCUACCUGGAUUAAUUCCCUGCACCAUCCUGGUCAGAUUGACUCUCCUGGGAACAAGGGGAAGAGCUUAGAAAAGAAAAGCCAGUUGCUGACUCUGCUGAACCCCGCAUUAUCUGGGGAGGAAGGGGGCAGCUAGAGGGGGUUACAUGAUAAUGUCAUGGGGAACCCCCAUAGUGGCUCUUUUGAUUCUGCUCUUUUUCUAGCAUUUGGCGCAGAGAUGCUUUUACUGGGAGGGUUUAAAAGUGGCCCUGGUGGGUUUAGUUCUGCUGGGAGGGGCCUGACCUGGCAGCAUGGCAGAGUCUAGAGCGUGUGUCUGCAGAGAGGGAGCCUGGGAGGAAUUGGGGUGUGAAAUGGACUCGAGCUGCUUCUGUAACCUCCCCAUCGCCCCUCUCACCCUGACAGGCUGAGGAAUCACGUCCAGAUUUUGCUCCAGAUCAUGCGGUCUUCCAGGGGACAGGGAAGGAAAAUGGCUAUAAUGGAGUCAGCUCAGAUGCUAGUGACCUUCGAGGAGGUGGCUGUGUAUUUCACAAAGGGUCAGGGAGCUCUGCUAGAUGCUGGUCAGAGAGCCCUCUACAGGGAUGUCAUGCAGGAGAUUUACGAGAUGGUGACCUCACUGGGAUUCUCCAGUCCCAAACCUGACCUGAUUGCCCGGCUGGAACGAGGGGAAGAGCCGUGGGUCCCAGAUCUCCAGGACGGUGAUGAAAGAGAGAGCCCAAAAGACACCCGCACAGCAGGUGAUAGGACAGUGAGUGAGAACAAGGAGGAGAAUCAGCAGGAGGAAGGUUCUGGGAAAGUGGAAUCGCAGGAGAUGGUUUUGAGACGAGCUGAAAGGAAUUUUUCCCAGUGCUUGGAACAGGGAAAUGCCUGGGGAGAUCGCCACAGAUCAGAGAUGCUGCUGGGAAGCUAUCCCAGGAAGAAACUUGAUGAAUCCAUUCACGGUAGUGAAGGAUGCAAGGAUCCUAGGGAAACCAGAGUCCAGCAGAAAAGUCACAGUGAAGAGAAACCUUACAAAUGCCUUGACUGUGGGAAAAGUUUCCUUUUCAGUGCAAACCUUAGUAAACAUUGGAGAACCCACACAGGAGAGAUGUCCAACAAAUGCGUAGACUGUGGGGAAAGCUUCAGUGAGAAGUCAAACUUUAUUAUUCACCAGAGAAUGCACAUAGGAGAGAAACCCUAUAAAUGCCUGGAGUGCGGAAAAAGAUUUAGCCAGAGAUCACCGCUUAUGGCACAUCACAGAUCCCACACAGGAGAGAAGCCCUAUAAAUGCUUAGACUGUGGGAAAAGCUUCAGUAAGAAACCAUGUCUUAUUAUACACCAAAGAUUGCACACAGGAGAGAGACCAUAUAAAUGCCUUGAGUGUGGGAAAAGUUUUAGUCAGAGUUCAAACUUUACGGCACAUCAAAGAAUCCACACUGGAGAAAGACCCUAUAAAUGCCUCGAGUGUGGGAAAGGUUUUAUUGAAAGUUCACACCUUACUGCACAUCAGAGAAUCCACACAGGAGAAAGACCUUAUGAUUGCCUUGCGUGUGGGAAAAGUUUCAAUUUGAAAUCAACCCUUAAUACACAUCAGAAAACUCACACAGGAGAGAAACCCCAUAAAUGCUUGGACUGUGGGAAAACUUUCCGUCAGCGCUCACACCUUACUGAACAUAGGAAAAUCCACAUGGGAGAGAGACCAUAUAAAUGCCUUCAGUGUGGUAAAAGUUUUAUUCAUCACUCAAACUUUAUUAGACAUCCAUGUCUGAAGACAAGAGAGAGACACUAUAAAUGCCUUCAGUGUGAAAAAGUUUUCUAUGCGCGAUGGAACCUUAUUAAACAUGAGAGAACCCACACCGGAGAGAAACCGUAUAAAUGCUUGGUCUGUGGGAAAACUUUUGGUCAGAGCUCAUACCUUAUGAAACAUAGGAGAAUCCACACAGGAGAGAGACCAUAUAAAUGCUUUGAGUGUGGGAAAAAUUUCGUUCAUCACUCAGUUCUUAUUAAGCAUCAGAGAAUCCACAGAGGUGACAAACCCUAUAAAUGCCUCGACUGUGGGAAAAGUUUUGUUGACAGAACAAAACUUACUAGACAUCAGGCAAUCCACACAGGAGAAAGACCCCAUAAAUGCCUGGAGUGUGGGAAAAAUUUCAUUCAGAAGUCACAACUUACUAUACACCAGAGAGUUCACACAGGAGAAAGACCUUAUAAAUGCCUGAAGUGUGGGAAAACUUUUAUUCAUAUCUCAAAACUUACUAUACAUCAGAGAACCCACACAGGAGAGAGACCUUUUAAAUGCCUGCAGUGUGGGAAAAGUUUUAUUCAUAACUCAAAGCUUACUAAACAUCAGAGAACCCACACAGGAGAGAGACCCUAUGGAUGCCUUGAGUGUGGGAAAAGUUUUAUUCAGAAGUCACAUCUUACUACACAUCAAAGAACCCACACAGGAGAGAGACCUUAUAAAUGCCUGGAGUGUGGGAAAACUUUUAUUCAUAACUCAAAGCUUACUACACAUCAGAGAAUCCACACAGGAGAGAGACCUUAUAAAUGCCUGGAGUGUGGGAAAAGUUUUAUGGAAAGUUCAUCCCUUAUGAAACAUAGGAGAAUCCACACAGGAGAGAGACCAUAUAAAUGCCUUGACUGUGGGAAAACUUUCAGUCAACACUCACACCUUACUCAACAUGGGAGAAUCCACACAGGGGAGAGAUCCUACAGAUGCCUUGAGUGUGGGAAAAGUUUUAUGGAAAGUUCAUCCUUUAUUAAACAUAGGCAAAUGCACAUGGGAGAAAGACCCUACAAAUGCCUUGAGUGUGGGAAAAAUUUUAUGGAAAGUUCAUCCCUUACUAAACAUGGGAGAAUCCACACAGGAGAAAGACCCUAUAAAUGCCUUGAGUGUGAGAAAAGUUUCAUUCAGCACUCAGUCCUUAUUAAGCAUCAGAGAAUCCACACAGGUGACAAACCCUAUAAAUGCCUCCACUGUGGGAAAAGUUUUAUUCAUAACUCAAAACUUACUAGACAUCAGGCAAUCCACACAGGAGAGAGACCCUUUAAAUGCCAUCAGUGUGGGAAAAGUUUUAUACAGAAUUCACAUCUUACUAUACACCAGAGAGUUCACACAGGAGAGAGACCCUAUGGAUGCCUUGACUGUGGGAAAAGUUUUAUGGAAAGUUCAUCCCUCACUAAACAUGAGAGAAUCCACACAGGAGAAAGACCCUAUAAAUGCCUUGAGUGUGGGAAAAGUUUCAGUUUAAAAUCAACCCUUAAUACACAUCAGAAAACUCACACAGGAGAGAAACCCCAUAAAUGCCUGGACUGUGGGAAAACUUUCAGUCAGCGCUCAAACCUUACUCAACAUAGGAGAAUCCACACAGGAGAGAGACCUUCUAAAUGUCUUGACUGUGGAGAAAGCUUCAGUAAGAGCUCAGAGCUCACCAAACAUCAGAAAAUCCACAAAGGUGAGAGAUGCUAGAAAUAGCUUGACUGCAGGAAAAGAUUCAAUUUGAUUUCACACAUCAGUGAUCAACACAACAGAGAGACCUUCAAUGUGGAGGAAGCUUCGUUUGGUGCUCCUGGAGAAUCAGGGAUCCACAAAUCCGCACAGGGAAGAAACCGCUGAGAUGUUCUCAGUGUGAAAAAUGCUCCAAGUGGAGCUGACAUCAGAGACUCUCCUCCUCACAGCAGGGAAAUUCUCUCAGGACCUGACUAGGGCUGGCCAUGGUGACCAACCCAUUUCCUUGUUCCCACACACAUCCGAGGCGUUUGGCUCCCAAGGACCCAGCUGCCCAUUGCUGGGGUGAGGAUCCAGCAGCAGCCAAGCAGCAGCUGGUCAGUGACCCUCUGGCUCUGCCUGGUCUAAGCAAACCCCAGGCAGAGGAGAAGCCCUGACCAGACCCUCCUCCCUGCUACAGCCCUGGCUGCUGAGCUGAUGGGCCAAAGGUGGGGGAAGGAAGAGAGAGAAACUCCUCCAGAUGCUUGCGCUCCCUGGCUGAAGUUCCCCCCUCUCCCUUCCCCUCCCAGCCGGGAUCCCUCUGCCAUGGAAAUGAGAAGGACACUUGGGCCAGGCCCCACCUUCAUUCUAGACCGCUGUCCCCAACCCCCCAUCUUCCACCAGCCCCUGAGCUGGGCUCCCAGACUUACCUGGACCUGUUCCCUGCAAGGGGAGUGUCCCUGGGGGUUAGUAACUUCUCCCCUCCCCAAAUCCCCCACGGUGCUGGGCUCUGGGGAUCAAAUAUUGAGGGACCAGGAGGAUGGGUUUUGGGGAAGGAACGGGCGAUUGAAUGGUUGGGGCUGGUGGAGCUGGGGAGCAGGCGGAGCUGGGUGCUGGAUUAUCAAGUGUUUGGGGAUGAUAGGAUAAGAGGCAAGGGAGAGCACAGGGGUAGAGAGUUGCUUCUCCCUGCCCCCUCUGCAUUCAGACAGCACCACUGAGAGGGGCUGAUUUCCACAGAGCCAUUUGUGGGAGGCUUAGAGAUUCCCAUCUCUGCUUCCGAGCAUCUGCCCAUGGUAGGAAAUGUGAUUGGGAUUAGCCAGCGCAUCUCUGCGACCCUCCACAAGAUUUCCUAGUGUAACCUCACCCUGAGCAUCUUAUGUGUAAGGCUGAGAUUUUGUCAUGGAUAUUUUUGGUAAAAGUCACAGACAGGUGACGGGCAAUAAAGAAAUAGGUCACGGGCUUCUGUGAAUAUCUGUGACAUUUACCAAUAAUAUCCGUGACAAAAUGGGGAGGAAGAAGGCUGCAGCACCCAUUGCUCCUGGGACUCUGGAGUUCCAUGGCAGCUGGGCAGAUGUAGGGGCCCUGGCUGCAGCUGCAUGGGCCCCCUGCCUCCCGUAGUUCGGAGCUCUGGGGCCCCUGCAGCCCAUGGCAGUUGGGAACUGUCGGGGGGCCUUGUCCCCCGCAGCAACUCAUAGAUCUGGUAGCCACCCCUGGCAGCUGGGUGCUGCGGGGUACUCCCAUAGCCAACAGCAGCUUAGAGCUCCGGAGGGCAGCUCUUUGCUACUGCAUGCAGCAGGGGAACCCCGCAGCUCCGAGCCACCAUGGCCUGAAGUCACAGAGGUCUCUGGAAGUCACAUAUUCUGUGACUUCUGCGAAUCCAUAACAAAAUCGUACCCUUACUUAUGUGUUCUGACCCCUUCCCAUUCGCAGAGUGAUUGUUAGUCCCUGAGUUCCCCCAGUUGGGCUGGAUUGUCUCAUUCCUAGAUAGUCUCACAUUACUCCAGGCCCUGCUGAAAAGCGUUUAGUGUUUGUAUAUUUUCUGCCUUAUGCAUCAGAAUUAACUAGAUGCUAAAAAAGUGGGAGCAGAGACAGUAAAAUGUGGUGUUUUAGCUUCUGUGCUAUUUCAGGGCGAUGGGGUGAGUCUGAGGGAUUCCCUUGUUCCCCCAGCACCAUCACCCUCCACUCUCCACAUAGCAGCCUCUGUCCCAGCAAUGGACAGUGUGAUGUUGCACUCUAUAUGAUUUUUUAAAAAUACGCUUAUGAGUGUGAAUAUAAUGUAACUGGAAUAUGCUUCAUGCAAAAGGUCUCUUGUAAGGUAUCAUUACAAAGUUUAUAAUCUACCG